AUGGCCUUGGUCCUGCAGGUCAGUUGGAAGCCUCUCACUCCCCACCCGCUCUGUUUCUUCGGAAGAGAGUUCUUUUGCUCCUAUGACCGGGUCAACCUCUUCUGGAACUAUUUGGACACAGUUUUGGUGGGGAUCUCCAUCGUCGAAACAGUGCUGGUGAUGGUUCUCGUUGAAGACACCGAGAUCGGCAUGUCGAACAAACUGCGGACAAUGCGCAUCGUGCGCCUUACACGCCUCAUUCGGCUGAUGCGGGCAGUUCGUUUUUUCCAAGGCUUACGAACCUUGAUCUACUCCAUCUUCUACACCUUGAAAGCACUGGCGUGGUCUCUUGUUCUUCUCCUGCUGAUGAUCUACGUGCUUGGCAUUCUCCUCACAGAUGCGACGCUGGCGCACGUAAUCAGCUAUGAGAACGCCACCGUGAUUCCCGACGAUUCGACAGACGAGCUCCUGUUCAAUCACUUCGGCUCUUUGCACCUGUCCAUGCACACGCUUUUCCGAAGCAUCACAGGAGGGCUUGACUGGUCCAAUGUUGCUGAAGCCCUGGCACCCUUGAAUUGGAUCUGGGUGUAUCUCUUCUCGGCGUACAUUGCCUUUUGUCUGUUUGCCGUGCUCAACGUUAUGACAGGCGUCUUCUGCCAGCGGGCUACGGAGCUUGCAGAGCGGGAUCACGAAGCGCAGCUGCUGGGUCUGCAGAUGGAGAACGAGCGCGUUCGCGACGAGUCUCGCACCCUCUUCCGUAGCUUCGACGUGGCUAAGCAAGGCUCCCUGACACUGCUUGAGUUUGAGCUCAUGUUCCAGCGGGAUGACAUCAAAGCAUCACUACAAGUCCUCGAUAUUGAAGUCUCAGAGGCCGACGCAUGGCGCUUCUUCCGGCUGCUCGACACAGACGGUGAUGGGGACGUGACAGAGGACGAUUUCAUUGAAGGUGUGCUGCAUUUGCGGGGGCCUGCCCGGACGAUCGACGUGGCCUGCGAAGCAGAGGAGAACCGUCGCAUGAAGGCCAAGCUAGCACAGAUCGAGGCUCAGGACCGCCGCAUGGAAAUCCUUCUGCGCUCCAUGGUGGGACAGCUGACGCAGCUCGGGCAGAGAAUGGAAGACCUGCGAUUGCAAGCAGGAUGCGGUAGGCAAGCCGACGAAAAGGACACCCCACAAGGCAGGGGCAAUGAGGCCGAACAAGCCGGCAAGAAAGAUCCAGGCUCGCCGGCAGCGUCGCCAGCUGCAUCACCUAGCAGCAGCUCCGCAGUGAACGCAAGAGCCGGAAGGCCGCAGAACCAAGGUGCCGCCGGUGUGGUGGCAAAUGAGGUUGACAAGGAGCCAAAGCCUCCAGGUCCAGUUCCGACUUCUCCUCUGCCACCACAAUCACCCUCUCUUCGGCUAUUGGCAUCGCCGUCCUCUCCAAAGGGCACGCCCGUGUUUCUUCUCGACCCGUCGGAAGCUACUCUACAGGCAGCAUCUGAUCGCGUGCAUCAGCAGAUUGAAAGAGAACGGCUGCUAAAGUGGGACUUCGACCUCCACUAUGACAUGGACCCCAGAAUGGCGGCAUUAAACUCCAGCCCAAAGACCCGAG